UUAUGCCAAUGUGAUUGACGGGCUUAGCAAAUUGUACUUUAAAAAACUUCUCCCACUUGAAACCUUGUACAAAUUCCAUGAUUUCCACUCACCUCCACUUGAAAAAAGCGAUUUCGAGUCGAAGCCAAUGGUUUUGCUUAUUGGUCAGUAUUCUACUGGAAAAACAACUUUUAUACGUUACCUAAUUGGUGAAGAUUUUCCUGGCAUCCGAAUAGGUCCGAACCAACUACAGAUAGUUUCAUAGCUGUCAUGAACGAUUCAAGAAGCGGGAUUAUUCCUGGGAAUGCUCUUGUAAUGGAUUAUUCAAAGCAAUUUCGACCUCUUUCUAAAUUUGGAAAUGGUUUUUUAAAUCGUUUUCAGUGUGCACACAUGCCAAAUGGUGUUUUGGAUGGAAUUACGUUUAUUGAUACACCUGGUAUUUUGAGUGGCGAGAAGCAACGUGUCGAUCGUGGUUACGACUUCUCAGGUGUUAUUGAGUGGUUCGCAGAGCGCGCAGAUAGAAUCAUAUUGCUUUUUGACGCUCAUAAACUGGAUAUAUCGGAUGAAUUCCGGCGGGUCAUCGAAGUUUUAAAGUCGAACGAAGACAAAAUACGUAUUGUUUUAAAUAAGGCAGAUACAAUUGAUUCUCAACAACUUAUGAGAGUGUAUGGUGCUUUAAUGUGGAGUUUAGGAAAAAUAUUAAAUACACCUGAAGUAGCACGUGUAUAUAUUGGUAGUUUUUGGGACCGUCAGUUAGUAUUUGAUACCAAUAGAAAGUUGUUUGAAUUAGAGAAAAUGGAUUUGUUUCGUGAUUUGGCUACUCUACCUGCAAAUGGUACUCUGAGAAAAUUGAAUGAUUUCAUUAGACGUGCUCGUCUUGCCAAAGUUCAUGCUUAUGUUAUUUCGCAUUUGAAAAAAGAAAUGCCAACAAUCGUUGGUAAAGAUGCUAAGAAAAAGGAGCUUAUCAAUAAUUUAUCCAAAGUAUACGACAUCAUAUCACGUACACAACAUAUAUCAAUUGGUGAUUUCCCUAACAUUAACAGAAUGCAAGAAUCUUUAGAAGUACAUGAUUUUAGAACAUUUCCUGCGCUACAACCAAAACUAAUCAAAGCUGUCGAUGAAAUGUUAUCGAGUGAAGUAGCAAAAUUAGUACAAAUGAUUCCAAUGGAACGUGAUGCAAUCGUAGAAACACAUGGUCCAGCUGUUACAGGUGGUGCAUUCGAUACUUCUGGUACACCAUUCAGUUUUCAUGCUGGUGAAGGAUUUGAAGAGGGUCGCUUUGAAAAGGAUUGGAUUGUUGAUCGUUUUAGAGAACCAUGGGAUAAAGAGUUUGACAAACUAAAUCCUGUGGAUGGUAAAAUCAGUGGUGAAGCUUCACGUAGUCAUAUGGUCAAAUCCAAUUUACCUUAUAGUGCAUUGAAAAAUAUUUGGAUACUAGGUGAUAUUGAUCGUGAUGGUUGUCUAGAUGCUGAUGAAUUCGCUUUAGUCUGUUAUAUAAUGAAAUUAAAACUAGAAGGCUACGAAUUACCGCCUACACUUCCUGCCCAUUUAGUACCACCAUCUAAAAGAAGUUCUGAACAAGCACUUCGUAAUGGUUACCAUAAAGAAUAA